AGUGGAGAAAAGGAGAAAGAACGAGCCAGCCGGAGUGCUCAAGCUGAGGGGGCUGUGUAAAAGGAGAAGAAGCGUUGCUAAUUUUUUUUGUUUGUUUGCUUUUCCAUGCAUGCAUAAUGAGGCCUGAUCAGAGCACGCUGCUGCUGCUGCUACUUGGAGGGCACUUUUGUAUUUAAAGCCUCGCAAAAGGAAACAGCCGCCUCAGAAGGCUCCACAGAGAAAGCUGCUUGCGGGACUUGUCGGCAAGAGAAGCCGCAGCAGGCGGAAGAAGAGAAAAGGAGCUCCCUCGAGCCCGCUGCCUUUUCUUAUGCAGCUCGCCGGAGGGGGAAGGCGGCUUGCAGCGCGCGGUUCGGAGCCCAGCCGGGGCUGCAGCUGACCAAGGGGAGCCUUGCCCGGCCUCGGUGGCAUGCGGAGAGAUGCCGCCCGCGACAAGCAAAGAAAGGAGGUCGGCGUGAGAAGGAGCCCGGCCGCAGCGGCAGCACCAUGAGCACAGCAGGGAGCCCCUCGCCCCCCAGCCCCCGGCUCCACUGACCGUCUCACGGCCUCGCCAAGCCCGGGCGUAGGGGGCGGAGGCUGUUGUGCUGCGGCCAGAAAGAGGGGGAGAGAGAGAGAGAAAGGCGCCGCUUUGGGGCUCUCCGAAACGCUCCCAGGCCAAGAAGGCGCCGCGCGGAUGGAUUGAUGAGGGCGACCCUCAUGCACACACUUGGCAGGACUUUGGCCAACUUUCCCACCGGCAGCCGCUGCGCCCCCCUCGCCGCCGCCGCCUCGUCCCCCUCCCGCCCCCGAUUGUCCCGCAGCCGCUCGCGAUGGUGGGAGCCCGGCAUGGAGGAGCUGGCGGGCGGCGCUGGCGGACUGGGCUGCUCCCGCUGCCGGCGGGCUCCCCGCUGCGGCCGCUGUUCUUGCUGCUGCUCCUGGGCGCCGCUUGCCCUCCUCCCGGAGCGCACGGCCGCCGCCUGAUCUGCUGGCAGGCGAUGCUGCAGUGCCAGGAGGACUCGGACUGCGGCUACGCUUACAGCCAGUACGCCGAGGCGUGCGCGCCGGUGCUCAUGGCCGCGGGGGACGGCUCUGCCGUCGCGUCCUCCUCCAAUAGGCGGCGGUGCCCGAGCCACUGCAUCUCGGCGCUCAUCCAGCUCAACCGCACCAGGCGGGGCCCGGCGCUGGAGGACUGCGACUGCAGCCAGGACGAGAACUGCCGGGCCACCAAGCGCGCCAUUGAGCCCUGCCUGCCCCGCACCGGCGGCGCGGGGGGCGGCGCCGGCGGCGUGAUCGGCUGCACAGAGGCGCGGCGGCGCUGCGACUGGGACACUCGGUGCAGCACCGCGCUAGGCCGCUACAUGGCCUACUGCGGCAAGCUCUUCAACGGCAUGCGCUGCACCGAGCAGUGCCGCUCCGUCAUCGAGGACAUGAUGGCCGUGCCCAAGGCGCUGCUGCUGAACGACUGCGUGUGCGACGGCCUCGAGCGGCCCAUCUGCGAGUCGGUCAAGGAGAACAUGGCCCGCCUCUGCUUCGGGGCCGACGUGGGCGCCAACGGCGCGGGCAGCAGCGGCGCCUCUGACGGGGCCCAAGAAGACUACGACGACGAGGACUACGAAGAGGAGCUCCCGCCCAGGAGCCGGGACGAGCUCGACGAGGUGGCGGCGGCGGCGGCUGCCGGAACGGGCAUAAGCGGGGGGGACGGCUCCUGCCCGGGUCGCCUCGCUCUCUGGACUCUCCUGGCGGCCGCCUCCAUUUUGCUGCUGCUCUCGUAGCCACACACGCCGCCGCCGCGGUUCUCUUCUGGGGAACCUGGGCUGGCCACAUGGGCCUCGCUGCGGCCAAAGGGCCGCCGGGCUCCGUGUUCUUCUUUGAGGGGAAGACGAAGGGAGACCUUCUCACAAAGCUGCCUUCGCCUGCGCUGGAUCGACACGGGAUUCAUAGUCAACCCCCAUGUAUCUCUUUCUAGCACCGAUGCUCAUUUUAAAGCAGUGUGCCUUAAUUCCAGAACGAAGCUGCGCCUGAAAGCAAACCUCUGACGACUUCAGUGGAACUUUACCCCUUCCGUGAACCUUCCCUGGGACAUUCCUUUGUGGAGGAUGUCUUCUUUUAUUCUGUAUAAAUAUUUAUCUCUGUUAUCUGUGUAUGGGCAUUUCCCUCCCUUUCAAAAUCAUAUUUGAAAGGGUGGUACUGUAUUGGGUUUCUUUUUUAUAUAUAUAAAACUAGCCACUGUUCUAAAUGAAAUUCCUGGACUGUGGAAUGUGUUCCUGGGCACUUCAAUUCCAACAGUUUUUACUUGGAAGUGGGGCCUGUUGAUAAGAGUUUAGGAUUGCAACCUUAGGGCUGUUAUACACAUGGUCCCACACAUUUUCUGUACAUGGGAGACAACGUUCAUACUCUUGUCAUACAUGUACAUGCAGUGUUUGAGUGUGUGUACCUGUUGCAGCUUCCCAAUAUAUAUGGGUUUUGUCCUCUCCUUGUGUAGGGGAAAUGGGUGUAAAAGCAUCUUUCAGUGAGCGCUAUGCAAUUUGUUGCCCUUUGGCCUUUUAGCAGUAAGGAAAUGACUGUAAAAAUUAAAAUAGUUGGCAAAGCUGCUGCAGGUUUAGUGCCACCAUGCAAAUGGUGACUGUGCUAAUGGCUGUUUAUGAAAGCUGUUGUCAGUGAAGGUAAGAAAGAGCUGGGCUUUUCUGAGAGUGCCUCCAAAACGAAUGCCUUAUUUGUUAGAACUAGUUGUCAACUGGAAAUUAACCCCUCUGUGCCUGCAUAUACAGCAUUCAUAAUAAUGCCAGAAAGCAAACUCAAUUUUGAUUCUUUUUUAUUGUGGGAGGGGGGAGAGAACAAAAAGACUUGAGUAAACCUGCAGGUUGUAUGAAAUCUUUUCACAGGUGUUAGAUGUUAACUCAAAGGCAGACCUUUUCAUGUAGAAUAAAGCGUGAAAAGCACACAGAGUUCAUCACAUGUGAUUAUGAUGCAUCUGUCAAUAUUACUAAGUGUUUUUGUACUUGGUAGGAAGCCACAGUAAGUUGCGGCUUCCCAGCUUGUAUACAGAGAGUGAAGGAGAUGUGUGCACCAUUGUCCCAGUGAUGAGGCACAAACCAUUUUCAUGUUUAUUCUACAGAGAUGUGUUAGUGCAGUGUCUGAAGCAGUCCUUGCACACUCACAGUUGCACAACAAAAGCUCACCAGCAAACAUCUCUUCCACCUCAACCUUAGGGUAAAAUGGAAAAUGCUGAUCUGUUGGCUGUACUGAACAAUGCAACCUUUGUCUUAAAUGAGCUCUGCACUGCCAUCUUCAAAAGACACUUUUUAAAUUGGACUUGUAUGUAAAAAUAUCCUGGAAAAUUAUAUUGCCUCUGAUCCUAUCAGGGGGCUGACCUCUGGUAAAUCUUAUAUGAGAUGUAUUUAAAACUGGGAUUUGUUACCAGUCGCUCUAGGUUGUAUAUAGAAUUUUAUAGAUUGUAUACUUUGGGAAUAAUUUAUU